AUGACUCCGGAAUUGAUGAUAAAAGCAUGCACUUUUUAUACGGGACAUUUAGUAAAGACCCACUUUUGCACAUGGAGAGACAUAGCAAUACCUCUUAUAAGUGAAGAUGAACUUCUGGCUGAAAAGAUGGAAAAAGCGAGGGAAUAUGACAAUUUCAGACUUCAAAAAUACUUCUUUCAUCUCUGGCACUCUUAUACAGAAGGUCAAAAAAAACUACUUACAGUCACACUAGUGCGGAUACGGAGGAUGUGCCGCCGUUACAAGCUAUUGGCUAUCCUAACCAGGUGGAGGGAUGAAGCUCAACAUAAGUAUAAGAAGAGAGAAGAGGAGCUGAUAUUAAAACAUGAACUUCAGUUGCUGAAAUGGAGAAGCAAGUUAAAACGCAACGUCGUUGCUAAGGAAGAAUUCCUAUUUCCUGAACACGGUGCGUCUGAAGUCUCUCUUGGAAGCGAGGUUCCUGAAUGUGACAUUUCGCUGUUCCCCGAAAGAGUGAUCUCACGGAUUUUCGCCUACCUCACUUUAAGAGAUAUAAUAAUAUGUGGUCAAGUUUGUCACUCCUGGGCGCUGAUGACGCAAGGAAGCUCGCUAUGGAAUAGUAUUGAUUUUUCUGCAGUAAAAAAUAUAAUCACAGAUAAAUAUAUAGUGUCAACUUUGCAAAGGUGGCGUCUAAAUGUGCUGCGUUUGAAUUUUCGUGGUUGUGUUCUCCGACUGAAAACCUUGAGAUCUGUCAGCCUCUGUAGAAAUCUUCAAGAGCUGAACGUCUCUGACUGUCCAACACUCACAGAUGAAUCAAUGAGAUACAUCUCUGAGGGCUGUCCUGGGGUCCUGUACCUCAAUCUAUCUAACACCACCAUCACAAACAGGACAAUGCGAAUCCUGCCCAGGUACUUCCAGAAUUUACAGAAUCUUAGUUUGGCUUAUUGCAGAAAGUUCACAGACAAAGGUUUACGGUACCUGAAUUUGGGGAAUGGAUGCCACAAGCUCAUGUAUUUGGACCUUUCCGGCUGCACCCAGAUUUCAGUCCAGGGCUUCAGGAACAUUGCAAACAGCUGCACUGGAAUUAUGCAUCUGACCAUCAACGACAUGCCGACGCUAACGGACAACUGUGUAAAAGCUUUAGUUGAAAAGUGCCCUCGUAUUACAUCAAUAGUUUUCAUUGGUGCUCCUCAUAUCUCCGACUGUGCUUUUAAAGCUCUUUCUACUUGUAAGCUCAGAAAGAUCCGAUUUGAAGGAAAUAAAAGGAUUACUGAUGCAUGCUUCAAAUUUAUAGACAAGAAUUAUCCAAAUAUCAAUCACAUUUACAUGGCAGACUGCAAAAGAAUAACAAAUGGGAGCCUUAAGUCACUUUCACCUUUGAAGCAACUGACUGUGUUGAAUUUGGCAAAUUGUAUAAGAAUUGGUGAUAUGGGACUAAAGCAGUUUCUUGAUGGUCCUGUGAGCAUAAGGAUAAGAGAGCUAAAUUUAAGUAACUGUAUCCACCUGAGUGAUGUCUCUAUUGUGAAACUAUCAGAGCGCUGCCCUAAUUUAAACUACUUGAGUUUACGAAAUUGUGAAUAUUUGACUGACCUAGGAAUUGAAUAUAUGGUAAACAUCUUUUCCUUGCUGUCAGUAGAUCUCUCUGGAACACACAUCUCUAACGAGGCAUUCUGCAAAGGCUCACUGAUCUUAGAACAUUUGGAUGUCUCUUAUUGCCCCCAGCUGACAGAUGAGAUUAUUAAAGCAUUGGCCAUUUAUUGCAUUUGCCUCACAUCUCUCAGCAUUGCUGGCUGUCCAAAGAUUACAGACUCAGCGAUGGAGGUGUUAUCAGCAAAAUGCCAUUACUUGCAUAUUUUGGAUAUUUCUGGUUGUAUCCUGCUUACCGACCAAAUGCUUGAGGACCUUCAGAGAGGCUGCAAACAACUUCGAAUCCUUAAGAUGCAAUACUGCAGGUGUAUUUCCAAGGAGGCAGCAAAGAGAAUGUCGUCUAUAGUUCAGCAGCAGGAAUAUAACCCUAGUGACCCUCCGUUUUGGUUUGGCUAUGAUUAUGAAGGCAAGCCCCUUAAAAAACAAAAUGAGGAAACGCCACUUAAAGGAGAUGAAGAAGUCAUACUGACAGAGUCAACACACAAUAGUGAAGAGGAACUAGCAUGA